CGGGCGAUUUUGUUAUCGAUAGUUGUGCUAUGGAAUGCUCUUUUUUUUAUUGUGAAUAAAUUUCCCUUUGAGUCGGGUAUUUUGUUUUUUAUAAAGGCAAGUAGUGGCAAGUCUACCAGCUGUGGGACAUAUUGGCGAACAUUGCAGUCAAGGCAAUUAAGACGCGAACUGCCCGACAAAGCGAAGCAACCAAUAAAGCUGUGUAAAACGUCAAAUUCGGGAAAGAAUUGGAAGAAUGCUGCGUAUUUUUCAGUCUAACGUGGUUUUCAAUUAAGAAUAAAAAGUGUUCAUAAUUAAAUAGAACAAACGCAUUUAAGUUGUACAGUGAAUAUAAGAUGCGCAAAAAGUGAUGUGAAACAACGCAAAGCAAGAAAGAAUUGCUUAGGGUCUGAUAAAUUUCCAACCAAAAGAAAAAAAUUCGGUUGUGUUAGCUGUUACGGCGUAUCGGGCUCUAGGCCUGGUCUGUGAGCAACGAAAAGAGGGCUUGUGAACGACGUAGAAGAGUCCUGUAUGAUAGGCCGACAAAUUCGAGAAUUUAUUGACGCAACUAAAUCCCAAUAUAAUACAUACAUAUUUAUGGCAAACAGAAUUGGGACAGGAGGUUAUUAGGAGUGAAACGCAUUAAUCUUAAGUAAAAUCGGAUCAAAGUCGGUCAGGGUCAUUAAAAAACGACUUUUUAACUGGUAUUAUUUGUGUUAGUAAAAUACAUAAAGAAGUGUAUUAGGAUUAUUUUUUGGUCUUAACCGCGUAAAUGGAUAGUGCAAGAAAUUAUGGACGUCUCGCUACCUCCUUCGUUAUUGGAAGUGGCAGCAGUAUAAGCGUUUGUGCCGGUGCCAUGAGCCCAAGUAGCCGCAAGACAUCAAUGUCCGAUAGCCAACAAAUGUUAACCAUGCUGCAGCAGUUGGCCAAUGGAUCCUUUGGCAUUAUAAUGCCGGAUAAGCAUUGCCCACUCUGCUUUCAAGCUAAACGACAUCAGGAAAAAAUUGAGGGAAUAAAGUGCAAACCAGUUGCUUGGCGCAUAAGAGAGCGAAUGAAAACUGCUAGUGUGGUGUUAGUGCUGUGCCUUAAUAUAGGCGUUGAUCCACCCGACGUCGUCAAAAUACAACCAUGUGCACGCUUGGAAUGUUGGGUCGAUCCUUCAUCCGUAUCGGCACCAAAAGCAAUGGAAUUGAUUGGCAGUAAUCUACAAAUGCAAUAUGAACGUUGGCAACCACGCGCGCGCUACAAGAAAUGCCACGAUCCCACAGCUGAGGAUGUAAAGAAGCUGUGUACCUCACUGCGUCGUAAUGCGAAGGGUGAGCGCAUCCUCUUCCACUACAAUGGACACGGUGUUCCUAAGCCUACAGCAAAUGGAGAAAUUUGGGUAUUCAACAAAACAUUCACACAAUAUAUACCUUUAAGCAUUUUCGAACUACAAAGCUGGAUGGGUGCACCGUCGAUAUAUGUAUACGAUUGCUCAAACGCUGGUAUAAUUAUAAAUUCGUUCCAGCAAUUUGCAGAGCAGCAUGAAAGAGAUUUAGAAAAGUCGGGUCAACGCAUAGGAUCUGCACAACCACCAUCCAUAUUGACACCACUGGUGAGCUAUAAAAAUUGCAUACAUUUGGCCGCCUGCUCUGUGAAUGAGAUCUUGCCAAUGAAUGCCAACCUGCCUGCAGAUUUAUUUACUUCCUGUCUAACUACGCCCAUAAAUAUUGCUCUUAAGUGGUACACAAUGCAAGAGAAAUUCGAGUUGGUCCCGCUCAUACAAAGUGAACAAGUCGAUAAGAUACCAGGGAAAGUGAAUGAUCGCCGAACAAUGAUGGGGGAGUUAAAUUGGAUUUUUACUGCUAUCACUGAUACUAUUGCAUGGAAUACUUUACCGCGCGAUCUCUUUCAGCGUUUGUUCCGACAGGAUUUGCUCGUUGCUAGUCUCUUUCGCAAUUUUCUACUCGCGGAGCGUAUAUUACGUUCUCAUGAUUGCACGCCUGUAUCGCAUCCAGCAUUGCCACCAUGCUUCCGUCACCACAUGUGGUCCGCUUGGGAUUUAGUUGUUGACUACGCGUUGCAGCAGCUGCCCGAAAUACUGGAAAAAGGUGCACCCUAUCGCCAGCUACCAUUCUUUGAGCAACAAUUAACCGCUUUCCAAGUUUGGUUGGAUCGCGAAUCUGAAUCGCGUUCACCACCUGAGCAGCUGCCUAUUGUAUUACAAGUGUUGCUAUCCCAAGUGCACCGAUUGCGAGCUUUGGAACUACUAGCCCGUUUUCUAGACCUUGGGGCUUGGGCGGUUAAUUUGGCGCUUGGUGUGGGCAUCUUUCCCUACGUACUUAAAUUGCUGCAAAGCUCCGCGAAAGAGUUGCGCCCGGUGCUCGUUUUUAUAUGGGCCAAAAUACUGGCUGUCGAUCCAAAUUGUCAGGUGGAUUUAGUAAAGGAGCAUAAGUACUUUCUAUCUGUACUGCAGGACACAACCGUGGCCAAGGAAUAUCGCACGCUUUCUGCAUUUGUGUUAGCUUGCAUUGUUAAUGAUUUUUUGUUGGGGAAAACAAGCGCUUUGCAAGGCUCUUUAGUGUCGAUAUGUUUGGAGCAGCUGAAUGAUGAAAGCUGGCUUUUGAGGCAAUGGCUGGCAAUAUGCUUAGGAAUGCUUUGGCAAAAUUUCGAAAAAGCUCGGUGGUCUGGUGUCCGCGAUUUGGCGCACGAAAAACUGUAUCCUCUACUUAAGGAUCCAAUACCAGAAGUUCGAGCGGCGGCAGUUUUCGCAUUGGGCACAUUUAUUAGUUCAGUUACGGAUCGAGAGGAGCACGCCAAUAACAUUGAUCGCAUAAUUGCUAUUACACUCUUGGAUACCGUGGGAGAGGAUAUGUCACCUUUGGUACGCUUGGAGUUGGCCGCAGCGCUCCAAUGGAUGGUGUUGCUAUUUGAGUCCCAGUUCGUGACGGUUUACAUGCAAGAGCAAAUGAACAGCUCGAACCCCAAUUUGGCGCUAGCUACGACAUCAGUUAGCGGUAGUGAACGUAGCGCAAGUGUUAGCCAUGGUAUGGCAGGCGCGCCCAGUCCAGCGAUCGUGCAUCACUCUACACACAGCUUGGAACGUCAUGUUUCAAUGCGGCGAGGCGCAAGCUCAAGUUCAAUAUCAAAUAUGGUAUCAACCUCUAUACCAUUCCAAUCGAUAUUUCUACGAUUGUGGCAGGGCAUUUACAAUCUAGGUCAUGAUCCGUUCCCAGAGGUGGCGGAGACAGCGCAAAAGAUAAUCGCUUACGUGCGUGAUAAGUCAGUCGAUUUGAUUACCGCCAAAGAAGCCACAAGCGACAAGUGCAAUUCGAGUGUCAGUUUGCCCCCGAGUCCGUCAACUCGCGGCAACUUUCUGGGCGGUGAGUCACCACCGGUAGGAGGCGGCGUGCAAAUAGGGCAUCAAAACAGCAGCAACUGGGCGACCAAACUGCGCAACAACAAGCUUUUAACUACAAAUGUGAUGAACAGCAGCGACCAUCAGUCUAUUUUACAACGGAAACUACGUACAACGUCGAUGGGCGAUGAGACGGAUAGUUGUGGGCCGCUGAACGGCAGUCGUAGCGCAGUCUUGAUGAGUUCCGGUCUUGCAGUGGGAGCAAGUGCAGGGUUGAACAUGAAUACUGGUGGCAGCAGUGGCGGUGGUGAUGGUUCACAUUCAGCUCGUAGCAGUACAAGCGAGAACAACUACGAGACGAAAUCAGCUCCGCUUAAGCCAAUCCUACAAACUGAGUUCAUAUCAUGGGCUAAUUCGUACUUUAUGCGACCUGGAAAGAAUCGCUAUGCCUCCGCCGAGGGUACAGAAGGACAGCAGGUAUUUCCCGCAGAUACAAAUUCACCAGAAUUACGCUCGCGACAUUUUCGUUUUCAUCGCAAUGAACUAAUAAGACGGCAGUCGAAGGAGCAACAUAUGCGUGGAAACCGUAUAGAUACACAGACAUGCAUGCUGAAGACACAACACACGCCCGCCAUUGUCAAAUUGCUGCCAUUUGAAACGCAACUCGCCGUCGCCUAUAGAGAAAAAGUGCUAGUCUAUGAUUGGGUUAGAAAUAUGGUGCGUUCCUAUGUGCCACAGGCGAGCAGCAGUGCCGUAGCGCGUAAUUACAUCGGCGAAACCAGUGGUUCAUCGUCGUCGCCAUCAGCACAUAUGCAACAUCAUCAGCAACAGUACCUACAGCAACAGCAACAAAGUUUGACUUCACGAGUUAGUGCCAUUGAGUUUCUGAAUGCGCAUGAUAUAGGCUUGAUACUGGCAGGUCAUGAGGAUGGUGUUGUGCGCGUUUGGCAACCAGGUGUCGAGGAUCAGACUGAAUCGCAGCUUAUCACUGCAUUUGAGGGUCUCCCAGCUAUGAACGCCGCUUAUACUAGUUCCUACGGUGGCAGUGGUAGUGGUACUGGCUCCGGAUCGUCUUCGUUGAAGCAUCGUCGCGACUUGAUGCGGACCGGUAUAGUCACCGCUUGGCAGCAAUGGCGUCAGCAUCUAGUUGUGGGCGGUGGCGUUUCGCGGUAUUUACGCAUAUGGGACGUAGAGCGAGAACUGAAAUACUGUGACAUGCCGAUUGGCAGUGAGACGAGCGUGCGGGUAUUAGCGCCAUUCUCUUACAAUCUGAACAGCAGUAUCGUUGUGGCAGGUUGUGGUGAUGGUAGUGUGCGUCUGUUUGACAAACGCCUGCCACCACAAGAGGCGCGUAUCUGCGUCUUUCGCGAACAUAUUGGUGCCAUAUUAUCCGCAUUCCUAAAGGAAAACCAACCUAUGCUGGUCACCGGGUGUACACAGGGUCGUGUGCGUGUCUUCGAUUUGCGUCAAGCAGCUGUGGUCUCCAGCUGGGAGGCGGGCUCCGAUGUGGCUGUAAUCGCCAGCCACCCAUCGGCCGAUCUAGUGGCGUGCGGUAGUGCGCAGGGAAUUGCAAUAUAUCAAGAAAAUGGACGAGCAUUGAAUACGUUGCGUGGCACCGAAGGCUUUAUGGGGACAAAAAUCGGUUAUCCGACUUGCUUGUCGUUCCACCCAUAUAAGGCCGCCUUGGCGGUGGGUUGUGUCGAUAACACGGUCGUUGUAUAUGAACCUGCAGCAGUUUUAUAAACUUUGCAAACGCUGGAAGAUUGAUGUUGAUAAUAAUCCAAAGACAUUUGACAAUGCUGAACGUUUUCUGAAUGAACCCGA